CAGCCACACUUUGGUGGGAACUUAACUGUCGUUUUCAUACGGUUUGAGCAGUCAUUCUGUCCUGCUUGGCAUACGCUCAGUCAAGAGCCACACAAUUUGUCAAGAUAUUGUCUCAAGUUCAUUUGAUGAGAUGUAAAGAAGAUGGUAACUUCACUGUGUCUUGUACUGGUUGCAUUCGGUGUGUGCACCAAUGCCCAGGGUGCAUUUUAUCCAUUCGGAUCAGCUGCAGGUGACACAUUCAUGCCCCAUUCAGUGAACGCACAACUUAUUAACCUGACACAGCCACUGCGGUACUUCAACCAAACUCACGAGUCAAUUAAUAUUGCACAUGGAUCUCUAAAUUUUCCAGAUGAAACAUAUAUUGAAACAUUAUAUGUAUAUAUAGACUAUACAGAGAGAGGAAACAUGUCCUAUCAGCAGUACACCACAGGCGAUGUUCUUAACACUGCAACUAAAGACAUCAACUCCUACUUCUCCAAUGUGACCUUCACUGCCACCUGGGUGUUUGUGGUCACUUGGGACAGAGUGGUGUAUUACAAUCGUAAUGAUUCAUUAAAAAAUGACCAGGAGGCAACAUUCCAGGUGGUUCUGGUUUCUGACGGUGAUAUAUCGUUCAUCUUCAUAAACUAUGGUGUCAUUUCCCAACCACCACAUCCUGCUUCCAUUGCAUUGAGUUAUGAGGAUGGUCAAAUCAUAAUAGACAACUGUUUUCCAAAUGGCACUAUUGACGUCAUCAAUCUGAACACGUCCAGCAACAUCAAUGUUCCAGGAAGAUGGGUCAUUCCAGCCUCAUCAGAGUUAACUUUCAGCUGUUCGUAUCCUUUAGGACUAGUGCCCACACCAGAUCUGCCUAUGAUUACACCUUUGCCCCUGGCAGAGCAUGUUGUGGGCAUGAGUUUGACGGUGUCGUCAGCUGACCGUCUGAAUGAGACUGAAGUUGAGGAGCAGAUCCUACCCCAGUUCAGAGAGGCCUUGAGACAGCGUGGAAUAGAUGUGACUGGGAUACGCCUGCGAAGGAUGAUAGAGACACAGCCCUAAGAGAGAGGGAAGACAGGAUGAAGGGAGAGAGGAGAGGCUGGAGAGAGAGAGAGAGAAAAUAGAGGAUGAAGAGUGAAGAGAGGAGGAGGAGUUGGGCGUGGACGAGGAAGGCUACAAAUUCAGCACAUGGAGUACUUCAUCAGUUUUCACUCAGGGACUCAUCGUGUCUGAUGUACUCUAUUACUUAUAAUCUAAUUAUAAUUGCGUAAAGCAAGUAUUACUUAUAAUCUAAUUAUAAUUGCGUAAAGCAAGUAUUACUUAUAAUUAGGGGUGGGCGGUAACCGCGGUAUAAUAUCGUGUGCGGUAUUUUUUCAUCAAUGAUAGAGAUUUUGUCUCAUACCGUCUACCGCAAUAGCGCAUUGCGUCCUGUAGAUGUAGAGUUAUAGUUAUAGAUUAAAAGUUUAAAAAUAUGUUUUCAAAUGAUUUGAAUGACAAGAAUUCCAAAAUAGAAUGUCUGACCAGUCAUUUCCAAAAAAUAAAAUGCAAAAAAAUUGUGUUUUGGUCAUUUUGCCACAAAACGCUUAAUUUUAACAUUUUAUACACAAAUGUACAAUGCCGUGAUAUAUACCGUGAUAUAUACCGUGGCUAAAAUU